AUGCCUGGCCAUGUCGUCAAGAGUCUUGAGGGGCUUCUGGGGUCGGACAGGUUGUCAUUCGGAGCAGCCAUAAGGGAGCAGCAUGGGAGAGACGAGAGUUAUCAUGCGGAUGCUGAUGGGAUUUUCCCUCCUCAGGUCGUCAUACUCCCGCGCAGCACCGCCGAAGUCUCAGAGAUCGUGAAGAUAUGCAGCCAUGCCAGGAUCCCCAUCAUUCCUUCCGGCGCCUGCACCUCGCUGGAGGGGCACAUAGCCGCGCUCAGAGGAGGUGUCGCACUGAACAUGCGGGAGAUGAACAAGAUCCUUGAGGUCAAUCAGGAGGACAUGGACGUCAGGGUCCAGGCAGGAGUCACACGAAUACACCUGAACGAGUACCUCCGCGACACGGGGUUGUUCUUUCCUAUCGAUCCUGGUGCGGACGCAUCGAUCGGCGGCAUGCUGAGCACACGAGCCUCAGGUACCAAUGCAGUGCGGUACGGAACCAUGCGGGACAACGCCCUGAGCCUGGAGGCAGUGAUGGCUGACGGCAGCAUCAUUUCGACGGGGAGCAGGGCAAGGAAGAGCUCGACGGGCUACGAUCUCACGAGGCUCUUGAUAGGAUCUGAGGGAACUUUGGGCAUCAUAACAGAAGCUACCAUCAAGCUCCACGGGCAGCCGGAAGCAAUCUCAGCUGCCCACCUUCAAUCUGAGUUUCUUACAGAUUCUGUCAAUGCUACCAUAUGCAUCAUCCAGAGUGGAAUACCCGUAGCGAGAAUUGAACUGCUGGACGAGAAGACCUGUGCUGCUGUCAAGGCGCAAAGUAAACUAGAACUUGAAGCGAAACCGACAUUGUUCUUCGAGUUUCAUGGUGAAUCAUGGAACUUCCUGCAAGCCAGUCCUCACCAGCUUGCAGGGGAAAUCUGCAAGGACUUCGGGGGCAGUCGCUUCAAGUGGGCAGGAUCGGCAGAGGAGCGAACAACACUGUGGAAGGCAAGACACCAGGCCUACUACUCCAUCAUCGCCCAGAGGCCAGGAUGCAAAGGGAUGCCCACUGACGCUUGCGUGCCCAUCUCAAGACUGGCCGAAUGCAUCGAGGAGACCGAGGGUGACAUGGUUGCCUGUGGACUGGCUGGUUCCAUCCUUGGGCACGUCGGGGACGGAAACUUCCACUGCAUCCUCGUCCUCGAUCCCAACAACCAGGACGAGAUUCAUGCUGCUCAUCAGUUUGCUGAACGGCUAGCGCGCCGAGCGAUCAGGAUGGGCGGCACCUGCAGGAACGUUGCUGCCCUUUUCGAUGGAGAGCAUGGAGUUGGCUACGGGAAGCUGAAAUUCAUGGAGGAGGAAUACGGGCCUGCUGCCAUCGAAGUCAUGCGGAGUAUCAAGAAGGCGCUUGACCCGCUGGGGAUCUUGAAUCCUGGCAAGAUGGGUUCGUAA